CAGCUGCGCACACACAUAGUAGUAGGCGGAGGCAGCGAACCACACACGGGCAUUGGAGGGAACCCCAUCAGCUGUAGUGGGCAACACACUGCUUUAAUUACUUUAAUUUAACGAUACGUUAUUUUUGCUGGGGAGAAGUAAUGCUGAACUGGGAUCUUUAACACCCAGGUUGCAGUAUUCUGUCUCAAACAGAGCGAUAAAAAGGAAAACACACUGCGCUGAUCAGGUGGCUCCGGGAGCAUGGAAUAUUUUAUGAUGCAGACUGAAAAGAUGCCGUCCUUGCAACACUUCAAGAAAACGGAGAAGGAUGUUAUUGGAGGCCUUUGCAGCCUUGCCAACAUCCCCCUCAGUCCAGAGACCGCACAGGACCAAGAAAGACGGAUUCGUCGGGAAAUUGCGAACAGCAAUGAGCGACGACGAAUGCAAAGCAUCAAUGCUGGAUUUCACUCCCUCAAAACACUCUUACCACAUGCAGAUGGGGAGAAGCUGAGCAAGGCCGCUAUCCUACAGCAGACAGCAGAUUAUAUUUUUACUUUGGAGCAGGAAAAGACACAACUUCUGGCUCAAAACAACCAACUCAAGCGAUUUAUUCAGGAGUUCAGCGGUUCAUCUCCAAAAAGAAAGAGGGCAGAGGAGAAGGAUGAGGGCAUUGGGUCCCCGGACACACUGGAUGAGGACAAAGUGGAUGAGCUGAGGAGAGAGAUGCUGGAUCUACGACAGCAGCUCGAUAAGGAGCGCUCAGCCCGGAUGCAACUGGAGGAGCAGGUGCGUACCCUGGACGGGCAGCUGCACCCGGAGCGUCUGAAGGUGAUCACACAGCAGGUGGAGGAGGAGCAGGCGCUGCUGCAGAGCCACACUCUGCUACGACUGCAGCAAAUCCACGCACUGGACAGACAGACGGCACAGGUGCGUGCUCCUUCGGCUCCUCCUGCCCCGACGCAUCAUCCCACAGUGAUUGUUCCGGCUCCAACACUAACUCAGCCGCAUCAUGUCACCGUGGUGACCAUGAGUCCAGCCGCCCACACCAGCACUGUGUCCACGUCCAGACAGAACCUCGACACCAUAGUCCAGGCUAUCCAACAUAUUGAACGCACUCAGGAGAGGAGAGCCAGUGCAGAGGAGGAGCAGCGGCGAGCAGUUAUUGUUAGCCCCAGUCAUGUUGCUUUGGAUGCCACAUGCUCAGAGACGGACACAGACACCGAGGGAGAGGACUGCUCAAUGAACUGAGCAGUUUGUCCAUUGAACUCAAAUACCAAACACUUAAUACUGAUUCACUGCAAGAGGGCCUCAAGCUCAACUACAUUUGAAAAACAAAUUUCUUUGGCAUUAACCAAACUCCAGUAAGUUGACCUUUGUCAAGUGGUUCUGCAAUGUGUGCGAAAUUACAAUUACCAUAUAAGUAAUAAGUACAAUUUCCUUAUAUCAUGGGAUUGUCAGCAUCAGUUGUCAACCAGAUAAAUUUAAAAAAGGCAUCAUUUCAUGAACAUGUUACAUAAGGCUAUGGAAAGCCGACAGUAUUAUUUUACAAUGUCACUAAAAUAUAGUUUGAAUGUACUUACACAUGAAGAAGGCAAGAUUAUCUCAUUUAAAAUCAUAUUUUUAAAAUAUUUUUUUUACUGUCUGGUGCUAAAAAACGGACAUAACUUCAGAUAUUAAUGGGCCCAUUGAGAACAGAUUAAUUUCUUUUGAUAAAUAAGUUCUUAGUUUAAAUGGUGAAAUCAAGUAAGCUCUUAAAAUAAGCUAUUAAACAACAGAUUUAUUUGAUUUAGUGAAUUCUGAAAGCUAUAAAAUUUGACAAUUAGUGGUCAGCCAGCUUUGUGAUGUUUUACAAGGAGAGACGAUGUUGCAGACUCGUCAGGUUAUACUGUUUGCAUGUAGACUUCUGUUUCCAACAAAAAUUUGUCUUAAUUUUCUUUAGUGACUAUGCACUAAACCGUCUUGUAUUUAUGCAUUUGGAUCUGCAUUAUGUUUGUUGGAGUAAUUUAUGUUUGAAGAAAACUAUGCACCAUAGGUAGGCGUGCAUACCUACAAUGUUCUCAUGAAACUUGACAUCAUAAUGCUGAAGAAUGUAGGCUGAAAUAGGGAUACAGUACCGUUUAAACAGUGCUUUUUACCAACCUAGUGUUUGGCACUUUAAGGCUCCAUCAUGACUACUGUACCCCUCAGCUGGGUCUAUAAAUAUUUGGACAGUGGCCCAAAUUUUAUCUGUAUUGAACUUAUUCAACAUGCAGUUGUGUUACUGAUGUGUGCUUCCUCACAGCUUUAAUUUGAGGAUUUUCUUGUCCAAAUUGGAGGAAGGGUUUUUGAAGCUGCCCCUCAAAGUGUUUAAAAUGAAUAUUGUACAGUAUAUAAUCACUUUUCAGGGGUUCAUAAAAUCCAAACAGGUUUCUAAAGUCAUCGUCUUAAAUCGUCAGUUUAAAUCUUAAGUCGAUGACGUCUGCCUGAAGAGUAGAAACCCCCGGACAUCACUUGGUGCUGGGUGUUCUUCUCUGACAGUUUUUUUUUUUUGUUUAUCCAAUAUCUUUGACCCCCUGAAACAGGCUGCUUAAUUACAAGAAUCGUAACUCAAAUUCCUCCACUUUGAUCAUGUUUGCACUCAAAUUGGAGCAUACAACAAAUUACACAACUGCAGCUUGAAUGAGAUUGGUAAACAAAACCAGAAGUUGGAUAACUAGCCAAAUACUCAUGGACCCAGCUGUUUUUGUCAUUGUAAUGUAACUUCUGACCAAGCUUCAAUUUGUUUUUAAGAAGUUGACAUCAAGCACUGCACUCUAGAUCUCUUCUGUGGGUUUAUUUCUGAAUGUGCCCAGUUUGUCCAUCUCAUGUUGUUUUGCUUGUCACAAAAAUUUGACUGGAAAACCAUGCCCCGCUCCUCAGUUUCUUAAUGCUGUAAACAUUCCAUUGAUUUGGAGUUAGACCUCUAAUUUUGUAUGUUUUCUAAUUGAUCGCAUGUUGCUAAAAGCGGCCUUUUGUUAUUUUGUCUUACUGCCAAUUUUCUUUGUGAUCAAGACUUUGAUGUGAGAAUUCUUGACGCUUGUAUUGGGUUUUGUAGGUUUUUUUUCUUUUCUGAUGUUUGUGAAGCUUUGCUUAAAGUGGUCUAGUUUACUGACCAAUGCCAGUCUAUUAUGUUGUGUUUUCUGAUUGGUCACUUGAGUAUUUCUUCUUCAUUAUUGACAUGUUUGCAGAACUGCUGUCAUAAAUGAACUUAGAUAUGAAGCACUUGCUGUUCUGUACUGCCUGAAUCAACGGUCAAAAGUGAAUUUGUCCCAUGUAUUUUUGUACGCUUUUUGCUGUGACACGUUUUAACACCUUUAUCGUGGUUAUCAUUGUCUGUCUAAUUUGUGUUUUGGUGACAAGCGUUUUGUUUCUUUAUUUUGUCCAGGAUGACAAGAAACUGUUAUAUUUUUGUUUAUUAAAAUUGGGUAAACUCACUUUUGUAAAAUUGAAAAAAAUAAAAUAAAAUUUGUACUUUUUUAUUAGA